AUGGCUUCUGCGGUGUAUUUUUGCGAUCAUAAUGGAAAACCUCUCUUAUCAAGAAGGUACAGAGAUGAUAUACCACUUUCUGCAAUUGAUAAGUUCCCUACGUUACUCUCGGAUUUAGAGGAACAAUCAAAUUUAAUUCCUCCAUGUUUGAACCAUAAUGGCCUCGAGUAUUUAUUUAUUCAACAUAACGAUCUGUACUUGGUGGCAAUUGUCACUUCUCUUAGGGCAAACGCCGCUGCCAUUUUUACGUUUUUGCACAAGUUAGUGGAGGUACUAAGUGAUUAUUUAAAAACUGUGGAAGAAGAGUCUAUAAGAGAUAACUUCGUUAUAAUAUACGAACUACUGGACGAAGUAAUGGAUUACGGUAUACCACAAAUAUGCGAAACUAAGAUGCUGAAGCAGUAUAUAACACAAAAAUCCUUCAAACUUGUGAAAUCUGCUAAAAAGAAGAGAAAUGCUACUAGACCACCCGUCGCACUAACAAAUUCAGUUAGUUGGAGACCAGAAGGUAUCAUUCAUAAGAAAAACGAAGCCUUUCUGGACAUCGUCGAAUCUAUUAAUAUGCUAAUGACCCAAAAGGGUCAAGUUUUAAGAUCUGAAAUUAUCGGUGAUGUCAAAGUUAAUUCAAAAUUGUCCGGUAUGCCUGAUCUAAAGUUGGGCAUCAAUGAUAAAGGAAUUUUUUCUAAAUAUCUGGAUGAUGAUUCCAAUACCCCACCUCCCACAAGCGCAGCAACAUCCGACAACAUUACAGAUACUGACAAAAAACCAUCAAUAACGUCUUCAUCGACAACAAGCAAGAGAAAAGUCAACAUUGAAUUAGAAGACUUAAAAUUUCAUCAGUGCGUUCGUUUAAGUAAAUUUGAAAACGAAAAGAUCAUAACGUUUAUACCCCCAGAUGGGAAGUUCGAUUUGAUGAAUUACAGGCUAUCCACCACGAUAAAGCCGUUAAUUUGGUGUGAUGUGAACGUACAAGUUCAUUCAAAUUCUAGAAUUGAAAUUCACUGCAAGGCAAAGGCCCAAAUUAAAAGAAAAUCUACUGCAACAAAUGUGGAAAUAAUAAUUCCUGUCCCUGACGAUGCUGAUACACCAACUUUUAAAUAUUCGCAUGGGUCCUUGAAGUAUGUCCCUGAAAAAAGUGCAAUUUUAUGGAAACUAAGAAGUUUUCCAGGAGGCAAAGAAUAUUCCAUGUCUGCAGAGUUGGGAUUGCCUUCAAUAUCAAACGACAUCGAGGGUCAUAGAGCAAUACCAAAAAGUAACGCAGAAAUCUUGAAAGGCCCCGUUCAAAUCAAGUUUCAAAUACCUUAUUUUACCACUUCUGGUAUUCAAGUACGUUACCUAAAGAUUAAUGAACCAAAAUUACAAUACAAAAGUUACCCAUGGGUGAGAUAUAUCACUCAAAGUGGUGAUGAUUACACAAUAAGACUAACGUAA